CGGCGGCGGCUCCGGCUUCCCCCGCCCCUUCCGCCCCCCCGCGCCCCCCCGCCGGCCCAGGCGAGCCCGGAGGCCCCGGCGGCGCCGCAUGGAGCAGCCGGCGGCGGGCUGAGCCCCUGCCCGCACGGAGGUCUCAUGGUACCAAGUGAGGUGUCCCCCCUGUGAGAGUCGCUCCCCCAACCUCCUGAGAAGAUGUCAGGGAUGCAGGCCGUGUGGCCAUCUGGUACAGAAUGUAUCGCCAAGUACAACUUCCACGGUACCGCCGAGCAGGACCUGCCCUUCAGCAAAGGAGACGUCCUCACCAUCGUGGCUGUCACCAAGGAUCCCAACUGGUACAAGGCGAAGAACAAGGUGGGCAGGGAGGGCAUCAUCCCUGCUAACUACGUGCAGAAGCGGGAAGGGGUCAAAGCUGGCAUCAAGCUCAGCCUCAUGCCGUGGUUCCACGGGAAGAUCACGCGGGAGCAGGCGGAGAGGCUGCUGUACCCCCCCGAGACGGGGCUGUUCCUGGUGCGGGAGAGCACCAACUACCCCGGGGACUACACGCUGUGCGUCAGCUGCGAGGGCAAGGUGGAGCACUACCGCAUCAUCUACUCCUCCAGCAAGCUCAGCAUCGACGAGGAGGUCUACUUUGAGAACCUCAUGCAGCUGGUGGAGCAUUACACCACGGACGCAGACGGGCUCUGCACCCGCCUCAUCAAACCCAAGCUGAUGGAGGGCACGGUGGCAGCACAGGACGAGUUCUCCCGCAGCGGCUGGGCCCUCAACAUGAAGGACCUCAAGUUGCUACAGAUCAUUGGCAAAGGGGAAUUCGGAGACGUGAUGCUGGGGGAUUACCGGGGGAACAAAGUCGCCGUGAAGUGCAUUAAAAACGACGCCACAGCGCAGGCCUUCCUGGCAGAGGCGUCCGUCAUGACGCAGCUCCGACACAGCAACCUGGUGCAGCUGCUGGGGGUGAUUGUGGAGGAGAAGAGUGGCCUUUACAUCGUCACCGAGUACAUGGCCAAGGGCAGCCUAGUAGAUUACCUGCGAUCACGCGGGCGGUCGGUGCUCGGGGCAGACUGUCUGCUCAAGUUCUCCCUAGAUGUCUGUGAAGCCAUGGAGUACCUGGAAGCCAACAACUUCGUGCACCGGGACCUGGCGGCCAGGAACGUGCUGGUCUCGGAGGACAACAUCGCCAAGGUCAGCGACUUCGGGCUCACCAAGGAAGCCUCCUCCACACAGGACACAGGCAAGCUGCCUGUCAAGUGGACAGCACCAGAAGCACUUAGAGAAAAGAAAUUCUCCACCAAGUCGGACGUGUGGAGCUUCGGGAUCCUCCUCUGGGAAAUCUACUCCUUCGGGCGAGUGCCUUAUCCGAGAAUUCCCCUGAAGGACGUGGUGCCCCGCGUGGAGAAGGGCUACAAGAUGGAUGCUCCGGACGGGUGUCCGGCCGUCGUCUACGAGGUGAUGAAGAAGUGCUGGACGCUGGACCCCGGCCACCGGCCGUCCUUCCACCAGCUCCGUGAACAGCUAGUGCAUAUCAAAGAGAAGGAGCUCUACCUGUGAGGGGGGGCUCUGCCGCCCCACAGCCGCAGGGGACCCACGCUGGGGGUGACGGGGGUGCUCAGCCCCCCUGCCCCACCACGGCACCAGGAGGGAGCCCCGGGGGCGCUCAGCCCCCCUCCAAUUCCCCCCGGUUGCUUCCAAACUUCCAAAUCUGUCAGUUUUUAUUUUUAUUUUCCAGGUUUGGGUUUUUUGUUUUCAUUUUUUUGUCUCCCACGCUGUUUGUUUUUUUAUUUUAAUUUUUGUGCGGUAUUUUUUGUUAUUUUCUCGGUUUUGGGGGGAGCGUUUAUUGUUUUGGGUUUCUUUUGGUUAUUUUUUUUUUUUGUCGUUGUUUUUUUAUUAUUUCGAGCAAGGGCCCAGCUGAGCGUUGGGCAUUUUACUAAAGUACGAAUCUUAUUUUUUAAUGUAAUUAAAAGAAGAAAAAAAAAAAGGAAAAAAAAAAAAAGAAAGACAGAGAGAAGAAGGUUGUUCAAAGGAGAAUAAUAAUAAAUAAACCAAUGAAACGGACACAUGAAAAGGAAACCCCCAGCGACAGAAGUGAUGGUUGAGGGGGAGACGCUGGACUCGCCGCCCGGUCGGGAGAGCGCGGCCGCGUCCCCGCCUGACGCUUUUUCUUUUUUUGGGUUGUUUUGCUUUAAACUCGUUGCAAUGUUUGCAUGCUGUCUCCAGAGGCCUUUUUUUCCAGUCCUGUCCAGUGCUUUAUUCUCAUGUAAUGCUACCGACUGUGAGAUUAAAAACUGUAAUAAAAAAACCAUUCCAUACGGACGCGGCA